AAAGGUUCGAGUUAUCGAGGUUUGACUGUGUGUAUUUAACACCUUAAUUUUGCUCGCAAUUUUUGAUCUGUAUUAUAUUUAUUUGUAAUUUUAAUAAUCUAAGGUUUUCUUUCUAAUUCGAUGAGAAUAGAAAUGAUUAUUUUCUGAGAAGACACAACAAACAGUUCACUAAUUAAAUAUAUAAAUGUUUAGUCAAAUUAUAAUACAAUAUACGCAAGUGUAAUUAUUGUUUUUUAUGGCAGCAACUUUCCGUUACAACAAUCUAAAGAUCGAAAUGAAAAAUUGAACGUGUCAAAACAUCUGCAAACAUCUAUGAUUAUGUUGUUUUGAUUGCUUCUUUCAUCAUAUGUAUCUUGUAUCUUAUCUGUGUGAUAGUCAAAUUGCAACCGUGUGACCGUCAAUUAUAUAUGUAUACAUAUAUAUAUAUAUAUAUAUAUAUAUAUGCCAGAAGAAUACCUUGACUUGAGUUACUGUUGAAGUAGAUAUCUACUAAGUAAUUCUGUACAAGUUAGCAAGCUACCGCGCUCAAAACAUGUCGUACGGUGCAGUGAAUGAAAAUAUCCACGAUUACGCGAAGAAGAAAAAUGCCAUUAUCGUCGAUUUACGAAGCGACACGCUCACGAAACCAACUGCUGCAAUGAGAAAGGCCAUGUUUGAAGCAGAAGUUGGAGACGAUGUUUUUGACGAAGAUCCCACGGUGAAAAAAUUACAAAAGAAGGCUGCGGAGUUGUUUGGAAAAGAAGAUGCGCUUUUUGUUAGUUCUGGUACAAUGGGGAAUCUGAUUUCCAUCAUGAAUCACUGCGACGUACGCGGUAGCGAAAUCUACUGCGGAGAGAGUUCGCAUAUAAUGCUUCACGAACAAACUGGUGCGGCGCAGAUAGCGGGUGCGAGCAUCUAUCAUCUGCCCAAUAACGAAGACGGCACGUUCGACUUGAAGAAACUUGAUAGCGCGAUUCGCAAGGAACGAUUACACGAGCCGAUCUCAAAACUAAUCACGGUCGAGAAUCCAAUUAAUGGCAAGAUCCUACCACAAUCGUGGAUCGAGGAAUUGACGAAAGUGGCGAAGAAAUAUAAUCUAAAGAUGCAUUUGGACGGAGCGCGAAUAUGGAACGCCUCCAUUGCGUCCAAUAUCUCGGUCAAGGAUCUAGCUGCGCCGUUCGACUCCGUUACUUUUUGUCUGAGCAAGGGACUAGGCGCUCCUGUGGGAUCGGUGCUUUGCGGGAACAAGAGUUUCAUCGAUGAAGCGAGGAGGCGGCGCAAGGUAUUAGGCGGCGCGAUGCGACAAGUAGGCGUACUAGCCGCGGCUGGACUCGUCGCUCUGGAAGAAACGGUGCCGCGAUUAAUAGAGGAUCAUAGAAAAGCACUGGCGAUCGCACGAUCAAUCGAUCAAUUAAAAUCCAAAAUAUUUAACGUAAACCUGAAAAAUGUGCAAUCCAACAUGAUAUUUGUAGAUGUUGAUUCCGAGAGCGGCAUCUCCGCCGCGACUUUAAUGAAAAGACUCCAUCAAGUGAACGAUUCUAACGAAGACGACAGAUUCAUAAUCAGAUGUAUGGCUCUGACGGAAAGUUUGCUCAGAAUGGUUAUUUAUUACGACAUCGAUGAUAAUAUGGUAGAUGGCGCAAUAAAAAAAAUAACAUACGUCAUUAAAGAAUUGGAUCCCAGUGUACAAAUAUGAUAAUUGUUUUCUCUAACACAUAUAUUGAUAUUGUUUUCUA